ACUAGAUAGGUGGAACGAUCCCAAUGUCAACAUUACCGAUACAAUGGGCAAAUUGAUUCCAGUGUCGAUGUUGUGAUAACAUUGUGACUUGCAAGAACACAGUGCUGUAGUAGGGGUAAUUACAAUGGCAAAAAAUUUUUUGUGCUAUUUACUGGAUGUUUGUCAGUCUACCAGGUGAGCCAAACCUACAUUAGCUAUGUAAUACAUUGCUCUAGAGCAGGGGUGCUCACACUUUUUCAGCAUGCGAGCUACUUUUAAAAUGACCGAGUCAAAAUGAUCUACCCACUACAAAAAUGCAAAACAUCUAUUUAUUUUCAAAUGUAUUGAGGAUUAUUUGUACGUACAAUGUAUGUUGAUGUACCUUACAUAACCAAAUGAGCCAAUAUUGCAAAACACACAUAAUUAACUAUUAACAUUUUUUGUAAUUACCUGAGUUUACUUUGAUGACUUGCACUGAAUUGAACCAGCCAGGGAUGCAUAGUCCGGACAGUAGCUGCUGAUAGCCAGCCUCAAGCACACUUCCAAAUGUUCAUCAGUCAUGGAUAAUAUCCGUAUCAUAAUAUCCGUAUAAUAUUCCAUAUCCGUAUGGAAGUGAUAUAUUUUUUGCCUUUUUACUUGGUCCAGUUUUUGCCUUUUUACUUGGUCCAGCUCCUUCACUCAUUUUAGUGACCAUAAACUUUAGUGAGGGCUUAAAAUCUCGCAAUUCGCCGACUAGCUUAGCACUUUGCAUCGUUGUUUACGCAAGAGCGGUGACCUAAAGGUCAAAAUUCAGUUGUCAUCUGACUGGUUGUCCUGUAUGUCAAUCAAGUAACGGGGAUGGAUGAUAGGCUGACAUCGUAAGUUCUGCUGCACUUAGAGACGUUGUUUGAUUUGAUUGGUCACCCGAAGGGCAACAUUCAGUUGUCAUCUGGUGACGGCAUUGAUGCUGGGAUGAUAUUAUUUUAAUGUCACGCCGCGAUCGACCAGUACCACCUCCGCGAUCGACCGGUAGCUCGCGAUCGACUUAAUGAGCACCCCUGCUCUAGAGUCUAUAAUAUGGUAAAAUAUCAGGGCCUUGCUCAUUUUUUUUAUUCGUUCAUGCGACAUUUCGUUUAAAUAUUAUCACUAAACGUACAGUAUCUAAUAGAAGGCAGUACGUUGAAGGGUGCUCAAAUAUCCGAGCCGAGGCGGCACCACGUGAACGCGUCCUCCGUGACAAACAGAGGUGGACGGGGCGUGACGUUUACGGACUAGUGGACGCAGUCGAAACUCUGAGCUCAUUUCACGGAGGGCUGUCAAUACAUCGAGCGAGCUCACGGAGAAAGUUAAAUAUUUUACGCAACCGUUCCUCGUAGAAAAGUUUAUUUUUUUAUUUUUUGGAGGGAAAAGAAGCCAUGUGAGCAACGACGGACUGUGGGGGGAAAGAAAUGUGUCGACGGCGGAGGACUUUAAAGCCACUUUGAGGCGAGAAGAGGAGACAAACAUGCUAGCCUCCUCGCUACCUCUCCUCCUGCUUCUACUCCUGUGUAGGACUUCUCUUUGCCAGUACUCCAGCGACCAGUGCAGCUGGAAGGGCAGUGGGCUGACACACGAAGGCCACACCCGGGACGUGGAGCAGGUCUACCUGCGCUGCUCCCAAGGUUCCCUCGAGUGGCUGUACCCCACCGGCGCCAUCAUUGUCAACCUGCGGCCAAACACGCUCUCCCCCGCCGCCUCCCGUCUCUCCGUCUGCAUCAAACCCAGCGCCGACUCCAGCGGCACUAACAUUUAUCUGGACCUGAACGGGCGGCUGCGCUUGCUGCUGCGCGAGCAGGACCAGGCUCGCGGUAAAGUACACUGCUUUGGCAUACAAGAGGGGGCGCUCUUUAUCGAGGCCGUCCCGCGUACGGAUAUCAGCCGGCGGAUUACGGCUUUCCAGUACGAGCUAAUAAGCAACAUGCUAGGAGUGGAGGGGCCCUCGCUGGAAGCUCCCUGUCAGCCUUGCAGUGAUGCUGAGGUUCUUCUAGCAGUGUGCACUAAAGACUUUGUGGCGCGAGGCAGCAUCAAACAGGUGGAGCAGGAAGAAGACUCCUCGUCCGUCAGCGUGGACAUCAGCCGCCUGUACAGACAGAAGACCCAAGUCUUUGUCUCGGGGCGUCCCAGGGUACGUCGGUGGUCGGGUCACAUUAAGAUGCCCCUGCAAUGCGGGGUCAAGCCCGGGGAGGGCGAGUUCCUCUUCACUGGGACGGUGCGCUUCGGGGAGGCGUGGAUGGGCUGUGCCCCGCGAUACAAGGACUUCCUGCGUUUGUACAGACAGGCGUUAAGACAGGGGACCAACCCUUGUCACCUGGAUACUGACUGAGCGGAACCCAGUUUGGAAACUAGAACCUCAUUGGUGGAGAAAAGGAGGUGGACAUGCUUUCAUGUGACUCCAUGGACGGAUAGUUGAUUCCCAAGCGAGGAUCUAAAUGUAGCAGCCCUCCUUUUUCUGUUUGUGUACAAAAUGUGAAGGAACUGUACAUUUUGCAGCACCACAUGCUUUCCAAAAAAGCGAAAUGUACAGUGUAAUAAGUGAUUUUUUUUAUUUUUGUUUAUAAAAAGGCCUGAAUGUGAAAAAUGAUUGAAUUAAAAAAAGUGCUUUAACAACA